CCUGCCUGGUGACGUGUCACGUGACUCUGUGGCAUGGCGCUGUUGUCUUAAUGUGCCGAGUAUCUAAAAUACUAUUAAUUUCCAAUGACCCAAGCCUCUAGAUGCAUGGUUAAACUGAAUAUAUAAAAUGCUGCCUCCUCCAGCCGUGUUUCACUUCCUCUGGGAGAUCAAUACAGACCUGGUGAAAGAUGGUGCUUCAGUGCGAACGAAUGGCAGACUUAUAAGUUACAAGCCAGAAGGGUCCAAAGCCGUUCUAAGUGGUCAGCAAUCUUCAGCACAGUGCCAUGUGUAUGUACAAACAACACUUGUUGAACCAUUCCAGCCCAUACUUGGAGCUCAGUAUUUUGUUCUUGGUGAAAUUGAAAAGACUGAUGGAUUAACUGGAGUUAUUCUACAUGCUCGUGCUUUGAGUAAUGUUGAUGGCGUAGACCUCACACUAAUGCAAAAGGCCAUUAGGGAACAGAGAUGUUUCUUUAAGAAGAGAAUUCCUGAGAUUAAUGAGCAAGCUCCCCACUGUGAGCCCUCAUACGUAAAAAACCUGUGAAAUGUGAUUAUUUCAGAAAUAUUUUUCAUUGUUGUGUUUUUGUACAAUUUGAGAGUAUAUGACUUUGUCAGCUUCUCAAAAGCAUAGGAUUGUAAUGUUUAUUUACAGAAAGUAGAUGUGAAUCAUUAAAUUAGAUUUUUUUUUACAUUUAGCUAAUGAUUAUCAUUAGCCAACUGUGAAAAUUAAUCUCCUUUUAAAUGUUUGAAAAUAAACAAGUAAAAUAUGCAGUUUGUAGCAGAGGUGAAUAGCUCUUCAGUUAUAUAUUGUGUUGUUGUAUGGUAUUUGUUCCAAACUUUAUGCACACUGCACACUGUUAAGUACAAGAGGUAUAAACACUAUACCUGUUCAGGUUUUUUUAUUUAAAAAUAUUCAUAAAAUUAUAUAUGCGCUAUUACAAAGAUAAAUUGCUGUAUGUGUUCUGCUUACUAAAAUGCCUUGCAUAUGCCUGCAAAUAAUUGAUACCAC